AUGUCUUCACACGAAGAUAGCGAGGGCGGGCAAUCGCUGCCCAAACCAAUCUCCCUGUCUUUAUCCGGUCCAAAGGGUCCCUCAAAAAAGACCGGGUUCAGCCUCCAACCUGCAAAUCGCGGUCCUCAAACCAAAAUUCCAGCAAACGGCCGAUCCCUCCCUCGGAGACCUCACCAACUCGACCAUGGCGAUGAAUCAGACGAAGAUGAGGCCGCUCCGAUCCUCGAGGAAGUCCGAGGCUUCAACACACUUACUGGUGGCGCGAUCACCGCGGAAGGGCAGGCAGUCGAGGACAAGAACAAGCCACUGAUCAUUCCUGUCACAAGCAAAAAUAACUGGCGCGAUCGAGCGGGUGUCAAUACGAGGAAACGCAAGAACCUACUGCCCGCCGAAGUGCAAGCUAUGCAGGAGGCGCAAAAAAACGGACAAGCACCCGGGGAAUCUACAAUGGAGACUGAUGCACCGAGCAUGGCGCACGGGUUGAGCUUUGCACAGCAGCCCGCAGAGCAGGCACAGGAAGGCAAGGCCGCCGAUGAAGAUCAGGCCAUGCCUGAUGCGACACCAGUCGAGUCCAAACCAUUCACCGAUGACCAGAUUGCCAUGCAGGCGUUGAUCCGGGAAAGUAAAGGCGAUGUUGAAAGGAGGUCGGACCUUGUCAUUGAGGCUGCUAGAAAAGCCGAAGAGGAAGACGAACCUGCCCAAUACAGCGAGAUCGGCUCCUUCCGAAAUGAUGUGGCAUCUCGGCCCGACCCUGCCAGUUUAGACGCCUACAACGCCAUCCCCGUUGAGGAGUUUGGUGCCGCCUUACUACGAGGAAUGGGGUGGAAGGAUGGUCAGUCCAUUGGGCGAGGCGACUAUAGCAGUGCCACAGCCGCAGAGAGGGCGAAUAAGCCUCGUAUUCCAGAACGACGACCUGGGUUCCUAGGCAUUGGCGCAAAGGAUUCUGCCGGCGGCAAAGGCGCUGAAGCCGAGCUCGGAGCUUGGGGAAAGUCAGCUAUGCGCAAGGCAUCGAGGAAACAGGGCGAGGAGAACGACAAGGCUGAGGGCGUCUACAUGCCUAUUACAAUGAGGAACAAGAAAACCGGCGAGCUCCUCACCGAAGAGGAACUCGCUAAUCUACAAAAGGAGGCCAAGUCAAAGCCUGCCAAGGAAGACGACUGGCGCGAGCGACGGGACCGUAACCUCGAGAAGAGUGGACGGGACAAGGAUCGAGAGCUGGAUUACCGCAAACACGACUAUGAUGAUGUAGAAGAUCGUUCUCGUCGGAAGACUGGAUCCUCGCGACGCGACCGCAGCCGGUCUGCUGACCGCCACUCUUCUAGUCGUUCUUCACGAUAUGACGACGACAAAAGCAAACGGGAAGACCGUUCUUAUCGUUCUCGAGAUUAUGACCGGGAUCGUCGUCGCGACCGUGAUGAUGAUAGGGACCGAAGAAGAGACGGAGAUAGAGACCGGGACCGCAGCCAUCGAUCCCGAGAUGAGAAAUACAGCAGCUCACGGCAUUCGUCACACUCGUCUCGGAAUGACCGAGAUCGAGACCGCGAUCGUGACUCUCGUCGUCGACGAGAUGAUUGA